GCUUCCUCAAGGUAAAGGAUUGAGUGUCGCCUAAUGAUGACGUCUGCAUCCCCUCGUCCAAUAAGAAAGCCUCGUCUGUCCAUGUAGCUUCCCCAAGCUAAGAUUGUGUUGAGGCAGCGCAACCCUGGAAUUUUGAAAUGGCGUACAGAAGGGACAGGACUGUACGAGAUGCAUAUGAAGAACGCUUUUUAUCUGACAGGCCGGGCCCUUACUCUCGAGCAGGAGGGGAUAGAAGAGGCCACUUUAGCAGACCCGAGGAAGAUUACAACCGCGGCGGUUAUGAAUACGAAGGGGGUCCUCGCUUUUUCCCAAAUGGAGGUGGCCCGCGGAACUACCACGGAGACGAUCAGCGGGGCUACCCUGGGGAUGGUGCUCAUUUCCCUUCGGAACGCAGAGGCGCUCCCCCGUCGAGAAGGGAGGAUUUUCCUUACAGAGGACCUAGGGAGGAGCCACACACAGGAGGACGGCCUAUGGAAUACAGCAACCGUGCACCACCACCACCACCACCACCCAAUGCACGAAACCAGGGCGUGUACCCGGCGCCCCGAUCGCUACCAGAAAGCGGAGCAGACACGCUUGUGCAAGCCAUCCUCAACCUGGAAAGGGGGGAGGACCGAGACCACUUCCGGAGGAAGGCGCCUCCCUUCCCUCCCCCAAGAGAGCGCUCUCCUGCACGCCGUGACUCGGCCCGCUCCCCCCACAGCCGCUCGGGCUCCAGCGUCAGCAGCAGAGGCUUCUCUCCCGAUCGGGCCAAAAGCCUCCUGUUCCCUUCACAGCAAGGCAAGCAAAAAAUCCCAGGUCUCUCGAGAGAAGGCUCCCCGCACAGCACGACGUCAAACAAGGAGGAGAACCAUCCGCCUGAAGGGGAAAAAGAGGAGCCGUCCGUGGCUCCCAUCACAGAGGAGAGUCCGAAGGCGUCCACAGACAAAUUUCAACAGCGACGAUCGCUGGCAAUCGCAGCUAAAGUCCAGGAGAUUGAAAAGGUCAUGUCCGGAGUGAUCCGUUUGCAUCCUGGGAGAACAAAUCUCGCAGCUAGCUGCGACCCCCACCCCCUGCCCUGCCGUAACACCGGGUUAUAAGGCUCACUAUAAGGCGGGCCAGGAAAGUACCCGCACACUUUUUUUUUUACAAAGCCAUGCUGUUGUAACACGUGCUGAAUGUGGCUUGGCAUUGUCUUGCUGAAAUAUGCAGGGGCGUCCAUGAAAAAGUGUUUUUCUGAAGUGUUCCUGAGCCCAUGCGGUGAUAUCCUUUAGAGAUUGAUGUCGGUUUUUGAUACAGUUUUGAUGUAUUUUACUGCCGUCAUAUUGCAGUCUACAUGUAUCUUUUAUGUAUGACUGCCAUCUACUGGUCACACUUAUCAUUACACCAUGUACCAUAUAAAAUUGCUUCGAGGUCGGUAAGCACAACCAGAAUUACACCAUACGCACCCCGUCUUGAGUUUUACUCGAUUAUCCUUAUUCCUGUUUAUGGUUACAUCCCUAGAAAACACUAUUGUGAACCUAUCAGCUCCUUUCUUUAACAUAAUUUUUCAAUUAUUUUUCUGUUCUUUUUCCAAUUCUUUUAAACUACUCUGAAAAUCAUUAAAAAAAAAAUAAUUUUAAAACUAGUCAAAAAAUAUUUUUAAUUGAAAACGGGUAAGGAACUCGAUUAUCCUUAUUACUUUUUAUGGUUACAUCCCUAGAAAACACUAUUGUGAACCUAUCAGCUCCUUUCUUUAACAUCAGUUUUCUAUGUUUUUUCUGUUCUUUUUCAAUUCUUUUCAACUAGUCUAAAAAUAAUUUUAAUUGAAAACGGUAAUACAAACCGUCUUGAGUUUUACUCGAUUAUCCUUAUUCCUGUUUAUGGUUACAUCCCUAGAAAACACUAUUGUGAAACUAUCAGCUCCUUUAUUUAACUUCAGUUUUCUAUGUUUUUUCUGUUCUUUUUCAAUUCUUUUAAACUAGUCUAAAAAUCACUUAAAAUAAUAAUUUUAAAACUAGUUUAAAAAUAAUUUAAAUUGAAAACAGGCAAGGAACUCGAUUGUCCUUAUUACUGUUUAUGGUUACAUCCCUAGAAAACACUAUUGUGAAACUAUCAGCUCCUUUCUUUAACAUCAGUUUCCGUGUUUUUUCUGUUGUUUUUCAAUUAUUUUAAACUAGUCUAAAAAUAUAUUUUUUUUUCAAAUCAUUUUAAAACUAGUUUAAAAUCAUUUAAUUGAAAAUGGGUAAGGGACUCGAUUAUCCUUAUUACUUUUUAUGGUUAUAACUCUAAAAAACAGAAUUGUGAACCUAUCAGCUCCUUUCUUUAACUUCAGUUUUAUGUUUUUUAUGUUCUUUUUCAAUUCUUUUAAAAUGUUUAAAAAUCAUGAAAAAAAAAAAAAAUCAAAACUAGUCUAAAAAUUGUUUUACUUGAUAACGGUAAUACUAACCGUCUUGAGUAUUACUCGAUUAUCCUUAUUACUGUUUAUGGUUACAUCCCUAGAAAACACUAUUGUGAAACUAUCAGCUCCUUUCUUUAACAUCAGUUUCCGUGUUUUUUCUGUUGUUUUUCAAUUAUUUUAAACUAGUCUAAAAAUAUUUUUUUUUUUCAAAUCAUUUUAAAACUAGUUUAAAAUCAUUUAAUUGAAAAUGGGUAAGGGACUCGAUUAUCCUUAUUACUUUUUAUGGUUAUAACUCUAAAAAACAGAAUUGUGAACCUAUCAGCUCCUUUCUUUAACUUCAGUUUUAUGUUUUUUAUGUUCUUUUUCAAUUCUUUUAAAAUGUUUAAAAAUCAUGAAAAAAAAAAAAAAUUAAAACUAGUCUAAAAAUUGUUUUACUUGAUAACGGUAAUACUAACCGUCUUGAGUAUUACUCGAUUAUCCUUAUUACUGUUUAUGGUUACAUCCCUAGAAAACACUAUUGUGAAACUAUCAGCUCCUUUCUUUAACAUCAGUUUCCGUGUUUUUUCUGUUGUUUUUCAAUUAUUUUAAACUAGUCUAAAAAUAUAUAUUUUUUUCAAAUCAUUUUAAAACUAGUUUAAAAUCAUUUAAUUGAAAAUGGGUAAGGGACUCGAUUAUCCUUAUUACUUUUUAUGGUUAUAACUCUAAAAAACAGAAUUGUGAACCUAUCAGCUCCUUUCUUUAACUUCAGUUUUAUGUUUUUUAUGUUCUUUUUCAAUUCUUUUAAAAUGUUUAAAAAUCAUGAAAAAAAAAAAAAAUUAAAACUAGUCUAAAAAUUGUUUUACUUGAUAACGGUAAUACUAACCGUCUUGAGUAUUACUCGAUUAUCCUUAUUACUGUUUAUGGUUACAUCCCUAGAAAACACUAUUGUGAAACUAUCAGCUCCUUUCUUUAACAUCAGUUUCCGUGUUUUUUCUGUUGUUUUUCAAUUAUUUUAAACUAGUCUAAAAAUAUAUAUUUUUUUCAAAUCAUUUUAAAACUAGUUUAAAAUCAUUUAAUUGAAAAUGGGUAAGGGACUCGAUUAUCCUUAUUACUUUUUAUGGUUAUAACUCUAAAAAACAGAAUUGUGAACCUAUCAGCUCCUUUCUUUAACUUCAGUUUUAUGUUUUUUAUGUUCUUUUUCAAUUCUUUUAAAAUGUUUAAAAAUCAUGAAAAAAAAAAAAAAUUAAAACUAGUCUAAAAAUUGUUUUACUUGAUAACGGUAAUACUAACCGUCUUGAGUAUUACUCGAUUAUCCUUAUUCCUGUUUAUGGUUACAUCCCUAGAAAACACUAUUGUGAUCCUAUCAGCUCCUUUCUUCAACAUCAGUCUUCUAUAUCUUUUCAGUUUUUUUUCAGUUCUUUGAAACUCCUCCAGUGUCCACGUCAAGAUGUUUGUUGCCAUUGCUUCAGUUUCCCAUUAAUAAUAACAACUCGUGUUGCUUCGCUCACCGACAACUGGAAGGAAUCGCUGCUCGGCAAGUGUGUCCUCCGAUGAUUUUGCGAUGAUUUACACACCCCGCUGGGCGAUGAAUGACUGCACAAACAGGGCAGUGUGCUUCCACGUGGGUCUGAGGUCUGAGGUCCGAGGUGGACAGACGGCACCCGGGCGAGUGGAUCCAACACACAACACAGUGUUGUGCGGCUUGCAGGGACACGUGCGCACACACAUCCAGCUCACAUUGCUGUUUAUGUUUCUUAUUAGCACCAUUUGUUUGAUCUAAUUCCAGCCCUGUGCUCUGUGCAUGGAAACAUCUUAAAUCAGGCAGCUGCCAGACGCCCUUAAGCAAGGGGGUCGGCAACCCCAAACGUUGAAACUUCCAUAUUGGACCGAAAGAAAAAUCAGUCUGGAGCUGCAAAAAAUGAAAAGUUGUAUAUAAUAAGUCUUAUAAUGAAGGCAACGCAUGACGUAAGUGUCUAUAUUAGCUGUAGUAGCCUACUAUCAAAAUGACUACUUGUCGCAGGCUGAUGGGAAUAUUUAUUCUAUACAUUUUUACAACAUUAGAAACAAUUAAAGCUGCAAGCAGCGAUGGAGGGGACUGACUUCUGCUGGUGUUUCCUGCCUUUACCCAUUCAACAUAUCUUUACCUGCACUUUACCUACCUUCCCUGCAUCCUGGAGUCAAACUGGUGCCUCAUUUUUUCACCCAGUCAACAUAUCUUUACCCGCACAUUACCUACCUUUUCUGCAUUGUGUGGUCAUGCUGGUGCUUCCUGCUUUUAAGCGGCCAUCUUGAGACGGCAGCAGCGCAGCAGCUAUUUGAAGGCUCGUAAAAUCGAAACCGGAGCUGUUAUAAAAAGUAUUUUGUCAACUUUUAAUUAGAAGGGUUCAAUCUCUCUCCUGUGGGAGUUUGAAGCCGACACAACAAACGCGCUCAGAGGAGAUAAUGUUUGAAAAAAGGUGACAGGUUUUUACAAAACUUUUGUUUUGAAGGGGUAAUUGUCAACUUCUUGUUGAUUUUUGCUAAAAGAUGUUAAUUAAUGAAAUUUAGGUCUAAGUGAGACCUACAUAGCGUUUUUUGUUUCAUGACAUUUAUGACAUUCCUACCGGAAGUUACAAACAGUUUUGUGUGUGUUUUCUUCCCAGGAGCAGUUUUGUCUGCGUUUUAUUCCUAGGGGGCGCUAGAGCGCAAUUUUGAGUUUUGGGGGUUUUUUUUUUUUAUUAGAUCGCAAUUUUCACUAGUGCUGAUGUGUGUGUCCAGUUUGGUGAGUUUUGAAGCAUUUUAAGGGGGUCAAAUUACAGCUCAAAGAGGAAAAAAUGACAUUUUUUUGGAACAUUUUUUUUUUGAAGGGGUUUUUGCCAACUUCCUGUUGAUUUUUGCUAAAGAUGUAAGUGUAUGAAAUAUAGGUCUAAGACCUACAGAGAGGUUUUUGUUUCAUGUCUUUCAUUCCUUUGAACCUGUUCAUUGCAAUAAUGACAAUAAAACUCUAUUCUAUUCUAUUCAAUUCUAAAACAAGAAUGGAAAGAAUUCCACUUUCAAUUAGUUUCCUCAGUUCCCAAACGUUUAUUGAGUGUUGUUAAAAGAAAAGGUGAUGUAACACAGUGGUGAACAUGCCCUUUCCCAACUACUUUGGCAUGUGUUGCAGCCAUGAAAUUCUAAGUUAAUUAUUAUUUGCAAAAAAAAAAAUAAAGUUAAUGAGUUUGAACAUCAAA